AUGAAUUCUGAUCGUCGAAAAGAAACUCAUGUUUAUCGUCUUCGUCUAUCUGAUUUUAGUAUAGAACGAAUAAAAACAACAGGUAAUGGACCAAUUGGAUGUACAUAUAGUUAUCAUGCAAAAUUAGAAACAAUUAAAGAUCGAAAAAUGAUUAAAACUACUUUGAAAGAUCAUCAAAGUUAUCGAUUGGAUAUUGAAACUGCUCAAUGGACAAGAAUGAAAAAAUGA